GGGUGAAAGAGGAAGAUCCGAAGAGGGUAGUUGAAAGUGGAGCUAUAUCUUAUGUAAUUACAAUUACUCACGGUAUGGAACUCCAGCCUUCAGUAGGAGUUAUCUAACUCCCUGCAAGUUCGGCAGGGUUUCUGUUAGUGUAAGUGCCGUGUAAGCCACUCCUCGUCCCCCUUACGUACCUUACCUCUUAGCAUCCAUCCAAUUCCCGUACAUCAACUUCAGCAAUCAUGGUUUCCUUUUUCGACGCAUACCGCCACUACUCAAAACACGGCGACUUGGAGUCCAUUGAAGCCAUGUUGCAGAUCUGGAGGAACGAGACCGCGUCUGGUGCCAACGCCGACUUGGCCGUGUCGGAUCUGCAGGGCGCCAUGGCCGACGUCUUUUGCAAGGCUGUCUGCCGAGGACAAGAAGCCGCCGUGCGCAUGAUGCUUGACGCCGGUGUUGAUCCGACUCAUCUUCGUCAAGCUUGUGAUCCAGGCUACUCGCCUCUCCAAGUCGCCGCCGAGUAUGGCCACCGCGACAUUGCUCGCCUCCUGUGGAACGUGGUUGGUCCCCAGGGCCGAUUCCACUACCCUAGCCCGAGACAGCCGUCCGACGCCAUGCCGAGCUGCCUCGUGCUUGCUGCCUAUAACGGACACGCGCAUCUGGUCGCCGACUUCCUCGACCUCUACGACGGCUGGUCCAGUCUUGAGAGACAAACAAGCCUUUUCCGAGCGGCUGCCGUGUGGCAUGACGACGUGGUCGCCUUGUUGCUAGCCAAGUUCCACUAUCAAAGUGUCGACAUCCAAUGUGCCCUAGAAGCCGCAGUCGCCAUCCACGGCCGCGACCACGCAAACGGGAUACCCGUGCAGACGCGUAACGGAGAACCUCUCAACCGGGACCACCAGAUCCGCCUUGUGCGUCGACUUCUCAAUGCCGGCGCAGACGUCAACCGGCCGUUCAAAAACCAGAAAGCCUUGCCCAUCCACGAAUCCUUCACCCAGAUCGACCUUCUAAAGUUGUUCCUCGAAAAGGGUGCAGAUCCCAACGCAAAGAACGGCUACGGCCAAACGGUCCUUCACAGAGUCGCCGCAAACUUCAAUCCUAGCCCCCAAGGCAGACAGAAUCGGGACUACCUGGAGGCCCUCCAAACUCUUCUCCAACAUGGCGCAUUGCCCGACGCCCCUGACAACGAAAAGGUCACGCCUCUCCACCUGCUUGCGAACACCGGGACACCUAAUGUGCUUCGAACAUGUCUGGGAUACUGCGUGGAUACCUCCAGCGCCGUGCGCCAGCUCAACCAGUUCGGGGAGUCACUUUUACACUAUGCUGCCGCUGCUGGAAACGGAGAGACUGUUGAGUAUCUGCUCGACCAAGGUCUAGAUGCCGACCAAGCAAAUGCCAACAAGUGGACGCCCUUGCUCUGUGUGCUGACCCCCGCCAAAAGCUACAACAAAGGACAGACAGCUGCGCGGCUCGCGGUAGCCCGUCUCUUGCUCGAGCGUGGUGCCAGCGCCCAGGUGGUGACGGACGAAGGAUGGACUCCGUUGCAUGCUCUCGCUACCGUCCGCGACGUUGAUGCCACUGAAGAAGAGAGGACCGGGGUAGGAGCGUUCGCGGAGGAACUACUUGCAAGAGGCACGCCCGUCGACGCAGAGGCAAGUGUGCUUCGAUACUGCUCUCCCAUCUUCACAUCGUUUCUGUCAGGUGCCUGGGGGCAUCAGAUGGCUGAGCUUGUUCCCCAGUUGACCAGGUGGGCCGAGGAUCGUCAUUUGCAGGCGUACGAGGACUGGGAACUGACACCGCUUCAAUGGGCCGGCCGUACCGGCGCGAUUGAUAUUUUUGAUGUGCUUAUGAGGUACUUUGCGUCGAAAGAACGAGCUGAGUCCAGACCUGACGAAGGUGCCGUACGUAGGUAGGUCUUGUAAGGGCCGAGGAACAUAGAGUUCGCCAAGGUUACGUACUGUCAUGAGAGGUAGGUCUAGGUACCUGUACACAGUGAGACGGUAGGUAGCCACGCGUGGUAUGUGUGCUUGAUUGCUCGUACUGUUUGCUUGCUUUGUCCUUGAGUAUUUCGUGUUGGUGAGCACUUGAAGAUGGCCUCCCUUGUUUGUCCUUCCCUGGAGCCUGAGCUGGUUGGCUUGGCAAGUGCCAGCCAUGCCAUUACCGACUGACUUCUUUCGCAGACUGCGUGACUUGUAGUUUCAACUUCUCCCUGAAAUACCCUGCAUAUAUGGCGCCGAUAGAUGGCCCAACUCUUCACAAGUUUACAAGUUCACAGACUCUCGAGUUCUCAUGUUCAAAGUGUAAAAACUUCAAC